UUGCCUUUUUGUUUUGACUCGUUAUGUACCUCUAUGUGGCAAUUUUACUUUCAGAUGAGACAAAUUCGUGCUGAAAUUGGGGUUGUCUCAAGAGCUGAUGGUUCUGCUUCUUUUGAAAUGGGUAAUACCAAAGUCAUUGCUGCAGUUUAUGGUCCCAGGGAGGUCCAGAACAGGAGCCAACAGAUCAAUGACCAGGCGCUGGUACGAUGCGAAUAUAGCAUGGCUAAUUUCAGCACUGGUGAUCGCCGAAGAAAAAAUAAGGGCGACAGGAGAUCCACAGAGAUAUCUCUUGUUAUUCGCCAGACAAUGGAAGCUUGCAUAUUGACACACCUAAUGCCUCGCUCUCAGAUAGACAUUUUUGUCCAAGUUCUCCAAGCAGAUGGAGGUACAAGAUCAGCAUGCAUAAAUGCU